AUGGGGCUUCCUCUUCUAAGGAAAUUUAAAAUGCCCCAGUUGGAAACGUGCAAUGGCUCCACGGACCCAUUGGUUCAUUUGGAAACGUACAAAUCUCUGAUGCAUCUGCAAGCAGUACCAGACGAAGUCAUGUGCAGGGCAUUCCCAGUAACUCUCAAGGGGAGUGCCCGAGCUUGGUUUAAUAAACUCCCUCCUGGGAGUAUACGUAGCUUCAAAGAGCUUAGCACAAGCUUUGUAAGCUACUUCAUUGCUGGCCAACUCAACGGCAAACCAGCAACACAUCUCCUGACAGUAAAACAAGGGAAAUAUGAGUCACUAAGAGCAUACACCACCAGGGUCAACAAAGAGGUGGUUCAGAUAGAUGAAGCCGACGAUAAUGUAAGCAUAACUGCAUAUAUAGCCGGAUUGUACUCUGGACAGUUUCUAUACCUCUUGUCUCAAGAACCACCCAAAACUCAGGCAGAGCUUAUGCUCAGAGCUCAGAAACACAUGAACGCAGAGGAAGCUAUCUACGCAAGACGUACACAUGACGGCUUUGAUCCCCAAGCAGGACCAUCACAGGUUGGCGAAUUUCCUCCACCUGAUAAGAAGAGAAGAGAAUCCACCCGCAAGACGGGAGGUGAACCAAAGAACAAAAAAGUGGAUUCAAGAUCAUCCCCAAAUCGAGGAAAAGCAGGAGGACCGGCCCAAGGCCAGUACAAGCAGUUCACUUCGCUCAUAGCUACGGCAAAGCAAAUCCGUAGCAUCCUAUAG